AUGCCAGGACCGCCGGCCGCAGCGGCGGACGCACUGCCCCAGGCCGUCGACGCGGUCGAGCAGGCGCUGCGGGAGCUGCGCCGCCAUGCCCUUAAUGAAGGCCAGGCUGAACAUCUGGCGACGAUGGAGCUCGCUGCGUCGGCGCUCAAGGCGUCGCUGACGACAACGCUGCCGACGACGUGUCAACCGCUGGCCGAGGGUGCCGAGAAGAAGAGCUACAAGCGCAAGCACCGGACCGCGCAAGAGACGAGCAGCAUGUCGCUCGAGCGCCAGAACGAGUUUGCCGACGCAGCGCACGUCCAGCGUGGUCUGUACCCGGAGCUGCCCUACACACUCUUUCCAUCGACGUUCGAGGUGCCCGUGUCGGCGCCGUGGCCGCCCAAUCUGCACGGUAAGACCCUCCGUGUCUGCGAGUUUCGCCAACUCUACCGGUACAAGAAGCUCGACGCGGGAAUCGUCGCGGCCAUGGACGCGAUUGGCUUUGUAUGGGACCUCUCGGACCACCAGUGGGAGACCAAGGUCGCUGCGAUCGCUACGUUCCAGCGCCUCCACGGGCACCUCGCCGUGCCCACGGGCUUUGUCGUCCCCGAGAACGACCCGCAGUGGCACGUCGACCACCACGGACUCCGGCUCGGGCGGCUCGUCGUUGCGCUUCGGACGCGCGCCGACAAGCUGUCGCCGGCCAAGCGACAGCAACUGCAGUCGCUCGGCUUCAUCUGGACGAUACAGGCGAGCAUCUCGUGGCAGGACAAGAUGGAAGCGCUCUCGAUCUUCCGGCACCUCCACGGCCAUGUCAAUGUACCCCAAAAGUUUGAAGUGCCAGCCAAAGACAUCGCGUGGCCCAAGCGGCUGUGGCACAUGAAGCUCGGCGUCGUCGUGAGCACACUGCGGACGCGCCGACCCAAGCUGCCGCCCGCGCGGAUCGCCGAGCUCGAUGCCAUGGGCUUUCUCUGGACCAUGUACAAGAACAAGGGCCCCAAGACGUAA